UUGAAUUACAUUUAUUUUGUUAUUCCGAUUCUGCAUCAGAAACAAAGGAAAUUGCUUUUUGUAUUUUUGUUGUGUGUUCUCAGUUCUCUUCAGUUAUGUGUUUAUUUUUAUUUUCUUCCAAGGCAGAGAGCAUGAAUUAUUCUAAAUUCUAGGCAAGGGUGUCGCUGUCGUUUCGUUCAGCAGUUCAAGAAUUUAUUUAACUGGACAGUGGACAAGCAAAAAGUGAAAUUGUUACAGAAAACUUUGCACCUGCAUAUUACACAUCUCAGUUUUAUAAGAAUAAUAAAUUAUAUUAACAUAAAAUUCAAUCGAUUGGUGAUUCGUUCGGUGCUUAUGAAUUGUAUUUCUUUAUUCAUAACAACACAAGUUUAGUGGAAUUCAAAGUGGAAGCUAGGUAACAAAAUGUCCAAAGCCAACUUCAGUGACUAUUGAAAGGGAACUAGGAAUUUUACACAAAAAAGAACAAUAAUGAGUGGAUCCAAGACCGAUGCAUUGCCCAAGAGAGGCCACGUCAAUGAAGUUUGCAAGGAAUGGCUUGUGCGGGAAGAUGGUGCUUUAGCGUAUAAACUGCAAUCUCAAGAAAUCAACGAUUUUUAUAAAGGCAACAGAUAUCGCAAUGAAGUAGUUCGAACAGAUUUCCCAACCGCACUUGAAGAACAAAUCAAAGAGAAAGAAAAUGCUGAAAAGCAGAAAGAGUGUUAUAAGAAAUAUUUAUCAGAACAAGAAGAACACGAUAAGCAAGUGGCACUGGAAAUAGCUGAAAAAUUAGAGAAAGACCUUCUCGAACAACGGAAACGAGAAUUUGAAGAAAGCGAAGAAAUGGCUGAUCAACUACAGAACAUCUAUGUAAAUUUACCCGCACCUGGAAUGCAAGAUUUUCCGAUUAACCCUUUUCAAGAUAAAGCAAGUAUAUCGCACAAGAAUCGAGAUUUUUCACAAGUCCAUCAUUCACAAGAAGUUGGCUUACCUUUCCCAAGCUUUAACUCUUCAAGUUCACAUUCAGAAGAUUUCAACCCAUUAAUGAUGGAUCACCAUCAAAAAAAUUAUAAAUCAAAAUCAGCACAUAAUUCACUUCAUGACACAGAAGAUGCAGCUCGAAUCUCUAACGUUUCAUCCAAGAACAUAAGUCGGUCCAAAUACCACACACAACAAUCUUUACCAAUUGAUACUAUUACUCAGUAUAUAGAGCCUUCCGACAACCUAGUUUCAUCCAUAAAUAAUUCAAUCACAAAGCCAAUUCCCCAAAGUCACUCAUCUAAAAAUAAGCGUUCACCUUCAACUGAUAUCGCUGACGAGAGCAAAAUAAGAGGCGAUUUUAAUUUCCAGAGACAAACCUCGCAAACAAAUUUUGAUCCGUUCUUGGAGGGUAAUUCACGUAAUAAGCAUCAUCAUCAUGUCCAGCAGAAUAUUGAUGAUAUUGAACUUUAUGUUGAACCGGGCCUGCAAGAAAUAGGUCUGCCUAUGGAGGAAAUCAAAGAAAUUAAUAAAAAAAUCAAGCAAGAAAAGAAGGACGAGGAACUAGCCAGAAAACUUCAAGAAAUGGAAAAGCUAAAUGGCAUGACAUUAGAAGAUCGCGACCGUCUUCUGGCUAUCGAAGCGCAAGACAAGGAACUGGCAAAGAUGUUACAAGAAAGGGAAAAAGCCAAAGCUAAAAGAGCAAAAGAAAAGGCGCGUCUUCGAAAGCAUCAAUAUCAGAAGGAGCCUACCGCCCUUCACAAUGGCCCCUUAUUGCCACUGCCACAAGAAUGUACAGAGCUGACAGUCGGCUCAAAGCUCGAAGAAGUAGACCAAAUCGAUAUGGAAGCCUAUUCAAAUCCAAAAGACCUAAUUCCACACCAAAGAAUGGAGAAUGAAUGUUUCAGAGAAAAUAGCAUACAUUUUACCUCAGAUGUUGUCGAUAACAACAAAGAUGAUGACAUCUACACUUUGCCUUUUGACAGUUGCGGCCCUAAUCGUUCGGUUUCAACCAGUCUUCAAUCAUCAGUGAUUGGACAAAACCAUGUACUUAUAAGAUCAGAACAGUAUUCUUCGUCCGACAUACAAAAUGAAUCGCAUGAUUCUCUAAGAUUGAAUAGCUCGCUAUCGAGUUCUUAUGAACAAAACUCAGGUCCUGCGCCACCUUAUAUGCCAAUUCAAGGAACUCGCCGGUCCAAUUCGAAUGAUGAACGCAAGAAAAGAAAAGAUAAAUGUACUCAUCAAUGAAAUACAAAAGUAUAUCAUAUAAAUUGUAUCUCGAAUAUAAUUUUAGUAUUUAUUUUCAAUGGAUUAUAAUUUAAACAAAACAAAAAAUGUAUUAAUUAUUUCGUCCCCUCAGCAAAUAAGUUUUAAAGAACAAAUAAUAUUUGUAUUUAUUAUUUUUUAACAUUUCAAUUUUAAUCUUUUUUUUUCGAAUACAAUAAAAGCUUCCUCAUAUCAUUUAUAAGAACUUAUAUUUGAUAUCUGUAAGCAUCUCAAAAUAAAGUAGAAAAUAUACAAUUCAAAUUUAAUCAAAUAAGCAGAGCAAAAGAAAAUCAAAAUGUUAUCGAUCUAGUUAAAUUCUCUUAAACCGAAAUUGAUGAAAAAACGUCCGGGUUGGAAAUAUACACAUUAAAACCAAUUAUUUAGCAACCAUUAUAAAAUUAAAUACGUACACAAAUAUAGAUGUAAAUCAAAACAUGGUAGAUUUUAUAUAUUUUUUGAUUUUCGCAACAUGGUAGAUUUUAUAUAUUUUUUGAUUUUAAUAUAAUUUUAUUUUUUUUGUUGCAAGGGGCGAUUUAAAUUUUAGUUAGAUACUAAAAAACCGAAUUCGAAUAUUAUACAAACUGGUUUCAAAUUUAUAUAAUUGUUAAAAUAUAUUGUUAGAAAUAAAGCUUCUUAUACAAACAAA